AUGGAUGUUCUAUAUUCAUUAAUCGGAGUUGAACGCCUUGGCCUUCUAGCACAAGAUGAAAUUUUUACAAAUACUCUCAAUUUUGAUUUUACCGAUAAUUAUUCAAUUAAUGAAGCAAUGCUAAAUCGUUUUUGUAAUUCAAUAUUACCUCAAAUUCAAUACAAUGUUAAAUGUCUUGUUUUGGAAACAACAACUAUGGACCGUAUUUUACGUGCUGGUGUUUAUUCAAAUCUUACUCAACUGAAAAUAUUCAAUUAUGAUGCAAGUAUUUUUUCACAUUGUUGUACAGAUGAAUUACUUUUCCGAUGCAACUUCAAAAAACAAAUUACAGAUCUUACAAUACUCAAUGAUUACAAUGGUAGAAAAGGAACUAUAGAUCAAACGACAAAUGUAUUUAUAAAAUUGGUUGAUUUCUUUGAAAAUAUUAAGUAUUUGAGUUAUACUGGAUCAUUUGUUGCUAAGAAUUCAGUUUUAUCAUUUAUUGAUUUACCAUCAACUACUUUUGUUUCUUCAAAUCUAAUUAAAUUAUGUAUUACUGUGAAUAAUUUUGGAGAUUGUCUUUGUUUACUUGAUGGUCGUCUCAAUCAAUUAUCUACAUUUAUUGUUAUUAUCGUUAAUGCCAAAGAUAAUUCAUCGAUGAAAUUCAACACAAGUGAUCUACCUAAUUUGAAAUGUUUCUCAUUGAAGUAUGAACCUUUAACUGAUGCAUAUGAUAAUCAAGUUGUACCUCUUCUUCAUCGAAUGCGUAAUCUUCAAGAUUUAACAUUAUAUAUUCAAAUACUCACACGAAAUAGACUUGUCGAUGGUAUUCAACUUGAAAAUGAUAUUCUUAUUCAUUUGUCAAAACUUCAAACAUUCGUUUUUUAUAUCUGCACUUUUACUAGUACUAAUCAUCCUGUUACUCCUUUAUCAAAUAAUGAUAUUCAACGAACUUUUUCUAAUGUCAAAUUUGGACAAAUUGGCUGCAGCAUGAAUUAUAUCAAUAAAUCUGAUAUCAUAUAUCAUGUUUUCUCACUUCCGUAUAUAUUUAAGUGUAUAGGAUUUAUUGGCAAUAGCUUUACGAAUACGAUAUUCAAGAAUGUUAGUUGUUUAUGUAUAAAAGAUGGAAUUCCAUUCGAACAUGAAUUUUUUGUUCGGCUGGCUCGAUGUUUUCCAUUAUUGGAAUCUUUAAUUAUUGUAAAUUUUAAAGCACAAUCAACAGAUUCAGCUAAAUCUAAACACGAUAAUACUUAUGGAUCAUUUGAAGUUGUCCAAUAUCUCCAUCUCACAAGUGUUGACUUUGUUCAAGCACAUAUUGAUUAUGUUGAGCAAAUGUUAAAUGAAUCAAAAACACGUUUACCUCGUCUGACAGAAUUAAUGAUUGGUUAUGAUCAACUGAAAACUGUAACAAAUAACUUUACAAGAGAUGCAACGAGACUUAAUUGUAUCAAUGUGGAAGAAUUAAACUUUUUCAGUCUUAGAAAUCAUGGCGAUGAUCACUCGAUAGAGGCACAAUCCAAAGACUUUCAUGUUUAUUUUCCUUCGUUGAAACUCUAA